AGGGAAGUCUCGUCAGAGCAUGUCGUUAGUCGAGGCUGAGAGGCAACAGAUCCUGGAGGAGAUGAGGAAGAGGACGGCUCUGCUGACCGACAACAGCUGGAUACGACAACGGUCCACCUCUGACAACAAACAGCCCAAUACGGCGAGGGCCAAUGAGGAGGUACGACUCUCUGGACAACCUUUCCUCUUCUUCCUCUCUGCUCUCGAACCCCCAACGCCCCCACUCCUCCCUGGGUUUCUCCGCCCCAUACUGCCCCCCUUCCUCCCGGCACAGCAUGGGUGGAGCCCUGGGGGGUUACUCCAACGGGACCCAGAAACACAGCCCUACCAAGCCCCGCCCCUUCAGCGCGUCUUCCACCCCACCCAACACCGGAGAGGAACCCCGCCACCGGCGAAAUCACGACCCGUCUCACAGCAGCACGACCGAGUGCUGACUUCUCGUCAGGUGUGUUCAGUGUGUGUGUGUCCUAUGGGCAGAGGGGCUGCCAUGGUCAUUGAGACCCUGAACCUCUGCUUCCACCUGGCCUGCUUUCAGUGUGUGGACUGCAGGUGCCGACUUGGCGGGUCAGAAGUCAGAGCCCAGAUCAGAAUCAGUAACGGGAAGCCUUACUGUGACCCCUGCUACAUCCGACUCAAGUCUCACCUUGCCACCUCCCAGUGACCAGAAUGCAUUGCAGCAGAUUGAGGAGGAGACGACGACGGUGGAGAACUUGACUAUGACCUUCUGUUGACUACGUAUUUACAGCUGGUUAACGUUUGUUUUUGUUUUUAGGGAACAAUCCACCGAUUUAUACUAUGGCUUCCUUAUUCCCUACAUAGUGCACUACCCAUAGGGCUCUGGUUAAUAGUAGUGCACUUUGUAGGGAAUAGGGGGGCCAUACACUACGUCUCUGACUAAGUUUUGGUGUUCUUCCGUAGUUAAUUAACUACUGUACUUGUCCGUAGCGUUUAAUAUGCAAUCGAUGGCUAUCCACGACAAUAUCUGGACACGUGGUAGUUAAGAGCUAUAGGGAGUUUUUAAAUCACAAUUGAGACUUGGGAUUUGUUUUUCUUUGUUGAUGAAGUAAAUUUAAUAAAUGAAUCUAAUAAAUGUGAGCAUUGUAUUUGA